ACGCGGGCUUUUAUGGUGAAAUAAUGUUGAAAGGCUCCAGCCGGAAGCGCCGCAUUGAAUUAGCUUGAUUGUCAGAGAGUGGAGAAAUACUCAGUCAGGAGCUCCGAGCAGCAGGUCCUUGUUUGUAGUAUUGUUGUAGAGGACCAUCAUGUCCUCGGAUUUGCUGGUGGACCUGCAUGAUGACUUGGGUGGAGAUGACUCUCCCAGCGCUGCUCUGGACCAGCUCAAACUGGUGCAGGACAAACAGUGGCCACCAGAUGACCCUGUCAGCAUCAGCAAAUCUGUUACAGACAUUAAGAGCCUCAGUGAGGGCUCCCACCUGGAACGGGAUGACCCGUUCUACGAGAUCGCAAAGCAUCAGAUAGUGGAAGUAGCAGGUGAUGAUAACUUUGGGCGGAAAGUGAUUGUGUUCAGCGCAUGUCGCAUGCCACCCCACAGUCAACUAGACCACCAUAAACUACUGAUGUACCUGAAGCAGACAUUAGACAAGUAUGUGGAAAGCGAUUAUACACUCAUCUACUUCCACCAUGGUAUGACCAGCGAGAACAAGCUAUCCCUCAGCUGGUUGCGAGAUGCGUACCGUGAAUUUGAAAGAAAGUAUAAGAAGAAUAUUAAGGCAUUUUAUAUUGUCCAUCCCACCAUGUUCAUCAGAACCGUCCUCAUUUUCUUCAAGCCACUCAUCAGCUUUAAAUUUGGCCGUAAGAUACACUACGUAAAUUACUUGAGCGAGCUGGAAGAGAUAGUGAAGUGUGAUCAACUGGUGAUUCCCAGUCGAGUUAGAGCGUAUGAUGAUAAGAUCCGUCUAAAUCUGAAGCCAUCCGUGGUCCCUGGCCCAAUAUCACCACCUCGUAGCCCACCUUUGCCCUUCCAGCAGUUCGGGGUGCCUCUCUCAGUGUUGAGAGAUAGAGGUGCAGACUCUGAGGGCAUUCCCCUGGUGAUGCGAGAUACCAUCAGCUUCUUGCAGGAGCAGGGUUUGCAAACAGAGGGAAUAUUCCGGCGGUCAGCUAAUGUUAACCUUGUGAAAAGCAUCCAGCACAAAUACAACUCAGGGGAGGAAGUGAAUUUCUUUCAGAUUGAGGAUGUGCAUCUGGCUGCUGUAAUCCUGAAGACGUUUCUCAGAGAGCUGCCAGAACCUCUGCUUACCUACAAGCUCUACAAUGAUGUUGUCAACUUUCAGCACGUGGACAGUGAGUCUCAAGUCAUCACGAUCCGAAAUAUGCUUAUGUCACUUCCUGAGGAGAACUAUGCUUCACUGCGCUUUCUCAUCCAGUUUCUCGGUCAGGUGUCUGCAGAGAGUGAGGUGAACAAGAUGACAAACACAAACCUAGCUGUCGUGUUUGGCCCUAAUCUGCUGUGGGGGCAGGACGCUGCCAUGACGCUCAGCUCUAUUGGACCGAUCAACAACUUCACCCGUACCCUGCUGGACCUGCAUGAGGAGGUCUUUGCCCAAUAAGGAGCAGUGGAGCCCAUUUAGAGUCCUUCCCACUCUGUAACUCAGCCCAUUGUGCUGUGGCCCUUUCCCUCUCUCCUUAAGUGUUGCCAAAUGCAUGAGUGUUGUAAACGGGUGAGGCUUCGCAGGAGGGAAUUUGGCAGGUACAGGAUUUGUGCAGACUUCUGAUAUAAGAGACUGAUUUUUUUUUGUUUUGUUUUUUGUUUUUUUUCAGGAUGCCAUUUUUCUUCAUAAAUGGUGUUUCCUUUUUGGAAAUUCAGACAAUCAGUAAAAAGUCAUUUAUGCUUGAGAUCAUAUAGCUGUUGUUAAUCAUUAUAAAGGUACCGGCCAAGCAGAGUUUUUCAGUCUCUGCUCACAUACCAAAACAUGUUCACUUAGCUCUGUUGUUAAUAUCUCUUUUUAAGGUUUAAAGGAUUAUUUGGCUGUGAUUUUUGAACCCUUUUGAAAGGAUUUGCUGUGAAAGCGAAACGCCCUAUCCUGUAUGAGACAUAGUCAUAGCUAUGGACCAAUAUAAAGCACUAAUACUCAAACUUGAAACACUUGUUUUAAACAUAUGAUAUUGCCUUUAAAUGCUCUGUUAGUCUUUAUUUUUACUACAUAUAUAUUAUUUGUAUGAUCUUUUUUACUGUAUUUCUGUCAUUGUAUGAUCAAGAAAUUGCUGUAGAUAGUUGCAGUUCUAAUGCUAGCCAACAAGGAGGAGGCUUAAGAUUUUAAGUUAAAUAUAGUUAUACCACAUAUUUGCAUGCCAUGUGCAUACUAUAUAGUGCAAGUCAGAGACCACCCACUAUUUAUUUAAUUUUCAGUCAAAUCAUUUAUUAAGUACAAGUUAUUCAUUUUUCAGCAUCAGCAAAUUAGCAGAAACAUAUAUGUAACAGUAAAUUACACAGAAGCCCCAACAAGUGAAUAUAUUUUUUCAGUAUUUAAUGUGUCCAAUCUUUGCCUUUAUUACAGCUUUCAUUCUUUAUGGGAGGCUUGCUUUCAGUUUUCCACAAAAUGAA